AUGUCUUGGAACAUGUUGCCUCGCCAGAUUAGGAACGACGUCUUGGCGCGCGUCGUGGAAACUGCGUACAGCAACGACGAACCCCUUGCUGGGUACGCAAGCGUCUCCCGAGAUUGGCAGGCCUUCUUCGAACAGCACACGUUCUGCUCCCUGGACGUCACGCCAGGCGAUCUCGACAUGUUCGAGACGUCGUUCCAAGAGCCAGGACGGAAGAGAUGCCUCCGGCGCGUCGGCCUGGUGCUCGACCUCCCCCAACACCCGCCGAUCCGACUUCAUAACGACCAGGGCGCCACAGAGGAGGAAACAGCCCUGCUGCUGAUGCGGAGGAUCUGGGGCGGCGGGCCCCGUGACUCCUUUUAUCCUCCCGAGCUGAGCCAUCAAAAGACGCUGGACGACAUGGCCCUCGUCUCCGGCAUCUCCUCUCUCUUUGGCAUCUUGGCGGCCUGGACACGACACCAAGUCUCGAGCCACGGCGUGGCCCUCGAAAUCAUCGCAGACUCAAAGAGCUAUUGGCAAAAGAUGGCGGAAAGAAUGCGAAGAUACGGCGGAAUACCGGCCACCCCUGGGAUGCCCGUACCGGGCCCGUGGGUAUUGAGCAGCACGCAGUUCCCAGCCGCGUUUUUCUCCUUGUCACAGUAUGACUGGCAAGGGCCCGUCUGCGCUGCCCAAGAAGACUUCAAUUUCGAACUCGGCUUGAAUCACGGAGGCGCGCCCAUGGAGCCGACGAGGUCGUCCGCGACGAGAGGCUGCCGGCAGUGGUUCCCCAGCGUCAGCGUCAUCUCGGCCAUGUCUGUCCUGCGCAGGACUGUUCGACGCUUCCACCCCGACGCCCUAGGUGCCAUUAUUUGGAGUCUGCCCUGCCUUCGGAUGUUGGACUGGCAGCUCCGGCCACUGGUGGCGUGCAAGAGCAAGCGUCCGCUUGACCUCGACAUUGUCCACGUACUGUUCUCUCUGCCCAUGUCGCUGCGACACUUGCAUAUUACCCAGGUGCACACGUAUUUCCUCCGGUACUGGCGUGGGGAUUACGAACCCGACGGCGUGUUGUUCAGAAUCCUUUGGUACAGGCUCUCUGAGCUCAAGAGCCUCUCUCUCGAAUACGAUGGCCACACGCUUGAGUCCUACAUGGCGAACAGUACCACACUGUGGCCAAACCUGGAGAGCCUUAUUUUGUCGGCAAAAGGAUCCAUAGGGGACAGCCCGACCCACGACUUGAACCGUCUGGUGCGGAACGCCGUCUACAUGCUGCUGCGAACGCCCAGGCUGCGGUCCAUGAUGCUGUACGACACCACUGGUCAUGGCGUUGGCUGCUUCACCUGCCGAUUUGAGGAGGAUACGCUUGCUCUUAGAUUCAAGUGCAGUUGGUUCUUUGUCCCGGACGCGGACUCGAUGGCAUCUUGGCGGGACAUGGCGGUAGCACUGGGAAUCGAAAAUAUCUCAUGGGAUUCUGAGAUUGCGGACAUUUCUCACAUCAUAGAGUACAUAAACGGGGUUCGGAUCAGAAUUCCAAUAUUGAUGGGGGGGGAUGAAUUAUGA